AUGAAUCACCUGCCAUCACUGCCUCCAAGACUGGACACUGCUGACAUGCAGUCUCCCAGAAUACCAGGUAGAAAAAGAGGAAGGCCCCCACUCCAUUCUUCUCCUAUGAAAAUGGCUGUUCAUAACCUUUAUUCUGGACCAGCUGGUUCUUUGCCAGUUGUGAAGAUCCCAAAGAAGCGAGGGAGAAAACCUGGAUACAAGCUGAAAUCUCGUGUUCUAAUGACUCCUUUAGCAAUCUCCCCACCGAGAAGCACACCAGAACCAGAUAUUAGUUCAAUCCCGCAAGAUGCAGCCACAAUCCCCAAUUCAGCAGCUCCACAAGCUCUCACAGUCUGCAUUUAUGUUAACAAGCAAGCCAAUGUGGGGCCAUACCUCGAACGAAAGAAAGUACAGCAACUUCCAGACCACUUUGGACCGGAACGACCUUCCAUGGUGCUACAGCAGGCAGUUCAGGCUUGCAUUGACUGUGCACACCAGCAAAAGACAGUCUUCUCACUUGUCAAACAGGGCUAUGGAGGUGAAAUGGUGUCAGUUUCUGCUUCUUUUGAUGGAAAACAGCACCUCUUGAGCCUUCCAGUGGUGAACAGCAUUGGCUAUGUUUUGCGGUUCCUCAAAAAGCUUUGCCGUAGCUUAUUGUGUGACAAUCUUUUCAGUAAUCAGCCUUUUCCACAAUACAACACUUCUGAAAACCCAGAAGAGUAUGAAAAUGGGCGAAUGGAAUCAGAAACAGUUAUACCUGAAGACUACCUGGUUGAUUCAGUGACCACAAAGCACUACAGCGCAGAUCCCUCAGAUUCUGCCUUUAACUGUAUGGGAUCUGUGUAUUCUAUGAGGCAAAGUUCAGCAGAUGGACGUCAUGGUGGUGGAUCAUCUUCCUCUUGUAGCCAUCGUUCUGGUCAGAUGGCUUCUGGAGGGCCAUCAACUGCUAGCUUGAGGCAUCAGACAUCAAGCCCAACCCGAAAUGGAACCUAUCUAGAAGGAAACAUAAGUGCCUCAAGUCCUUCACCAGAAAGACAAGAUGCCUCACGGCCCACAAGCAAGAAUCCUUUGACCUGGACUGUUGAUGAUGUGGUUUGGUUCGUUAAGGAUGCUGACCCUCAUGCUUUAGGACCCCACGUGGAACUCUUCAGAAAACAUGAAAUCGAUGGCAAUGCUUUGUUGCUACUGAAAAGUGACAUGAUCAUGAAAUAUUUGGGCCUGAAGUUGGGACCGGCACUGAAACUCUGUUAUCACAUCGAUAAACUGAAGCAAGCUAAGUUCUGA